UGACGUCAGCGGAAAAGUGAAAACAAAAUUCUCUUACAAACAAAAAAUGGUUGAAGCCUUAUAAAGUAUAAAGUUAAUAAAAGAAUUCGGCAUACCACCAUAAUAUGUUCAGAAUAGUUCAUCUGGAUUUCCAAUUCCUGCUGAAGGACAAAAGUGAGACGUCCAUGUCUACAUAAGAACAAGUGUCAUGAUUGGCUGGGCUAUCAAAUUACUUUACAUAGUUUGUUGGUUUCAUGCAGCUCUUCAAAUGUGCCAGGAACCGAUACCAGCCAAUGAAGUGGAAGUGUUGGAGACUUACCAGGCAGGUCACAUUAUAUUUGUGAUGGACACGUCACCUUCUAAAACUGUGUGGUCAUUGGUGCUACUUGAUUCACAAAUGCCUGCAUCCAAGUUCAGUCUUCCACGUUAUUUUCAAAUUUCUAGUGUUAAUUCGAGUAAUACUUAUUGGCAAGUACGUCUAAAUCAAACUAUUGAUGUGGAGAAUAUUUUUCAUUUAACGGGAGUCGUGAUCCAUUCUAUUGAUGUGAAGCUCAGCUGUUUCGACACUACGACACAACAAUACGCUAACUACUCACGCUCUAUUAAAGUGAAACACGUGAGUGAGUUUCCUCCUCGGUUUGAACCAAAUAUUAAACUACAUAUUGCAGAGAAUGCCAACAUUGGACAGCCACUAGCUGACCUCAGGAUGUAUGUCAGUGAUGCUGAUGUGACAGAGAACUCAGAACAGAAAGACAUUCACAAAUGCAGACAAAACCAAUACACUGGCCAAGGGGCUUCUGGUCAUAAUAUUAUUGUGCCAAACGGUGAUUGUCUGAUUUUGCUAGAAGUACCGGUGGACUAUGAAAGAGGACCUCGACAAUACUAUAUAAAUGUUACAGUACAGGAUAAUGGAGGAUUGGAGGCCACAGCUAUUAUACAAAUCAUCAUAGACAAUGAAGAUGACGGCCCACCGGUUUUUGUUUGUGAUCAUUCUUGCAAUGGUUGCGGUAAUGGGCAUUAUGCUGCAUUUAUCACAUCUUUAACUACGGGAAUCAUCAGAAAUAUGUUACCCAACAAAAUGUCAGCAGUGGAUCCUGAUCAGGGAGUAGUACAAUACACAAUUAUUUCAAGUACACCAGUUGAAAGCACAUCCCAUGUCACUAUUAACUAUACUACAGGAGAAUUUAAUAUCGUCAUCCCAUUUAGUGACUUGACCAUCUCAACAGCAAUAUUCUUUAUCGAGAUAAGAAAUGAGCCGGUGUCACUACAGUCAAACAUGUUCAAGACUUCUCAAUUUUCUGUAGCCACCAUAGCUCUGAUAAUUUCACCACAUGAAACUGUCAUUCGCAAGGAACUAGGUUCAUAUGAAGCAUCAAUACCAGAGGCCACAACAUCAUUGUUCAUUGUCAUGGCAGUUCUUCUCUCAGCACUUAUUGCUUCGGCUUUGGCGUUCACUGGAUUUUUGUUGCAACUAAAACAUCCACAAAAGAUUUUCAGUGAAUAGGAAUAUGUCAAAGUGAAAGCUGGGAGCAAUCCAAGCAAUAAAAAAUUAAGCAUCAAAGCAUAGAAAAUUACAUUGUUUUUGUUUGUGAACAAACAAUCAAAUUUUAAUCAAUGAUGCUUAAAUGGAAUCACAAAAACAAAAACAAAAAUGCCCCGAAAUAAAAGAAGCCAAGUAAAUUACUAGUGAUGACCAGUUUUCAGAAAUAGAUUUUUAAAAUCGAUUUAAACUGGACUAAUGGUUAAACUCAAAGACCCUUCCUCAAAACAUAUAACAAAUCAAUUAUUUAGUAGGUGAAAGCCACAAAUAAACAUCUAUCUUUAUAAUUUGUUGCCUUGAGUGGUUGUGAAGGCUCGUUGGGGUUGGGUUGGAUCGCUGGCGAGCCACUCAGAACCCCUGUUUAGCGACACACUUUCUGCCUGCCGUAAUGUUCAAAAAAUACUUAAUUGUUUACACUUUCUAUCAAACUUUUCGCAUUUGAGCAAAACCCUUUUUGGCCUGUGUCUUCUAGUAAGUGAUUGUUUCAUUGAAAUGGCCCGUUUUAUAACGCCCUCCCAAAUACACUCACUUCUGACCAAUCAAUUCCAUAUCAUUUUUCUCUCCCCUACCUUUUUCAACCCGCCUCAGUUCAUGACCUCUAUGUCGAAGCUGCCGCUCAGUCACCAUUAAGAAACGUUGAAACAUUGAAUUUUUACAUUGGUUACAUCUAAUUGACACGACCCGCUUUAUAACACUACUCUUCCCAACCCUAUAAUUUUUAACUGUGAAAUCAAUUACCGGUAUCACUUAUUCCCUCUCCUUUCCUCGCUCUACGUCUUAGGAAAUAGUCUUACAUAGACUGUUCACCUUUAUAUUAAAAUAUUGCAAUGACUGAUGCUUUACAGCAUUAACCUUUGUAUUAUUGCACUCCAACAUUCACAUAGAAUUUUGGCCGAAUCCCCCCCCCCUCAAAAUUUCAACUCUCACAUUAUUUAAUUAUUGGCCCAUGAUUUACUGUUUAUUAUGUUGAAUUUUAUAUACACUGAACUGACUUUCUUCGGCUUCUUGAUUCAAUAUUUAAGUAUUUCAUCAGCACUGUGUUGUAUUUGGUCAUAUUUUUUCUUUUUUUGUUAUCACUCUGGCGUCGUAACGCUCUCUCACACAAAAGUUCUAAUUUUUUUUUACCUCCGACCUCAAGACACAAAAUAAUAGAGAUGUACAUUCAGUUCAUUUUGUUUUUAUACAUUUUUAGCGGCCCCCGUAAGGGGAAAAAGCCGCUAUUAGGUUUGUGCAAAAUGUCCGUCUGUCCGUCUGUCACACUCAGAUCUCGAAAACUAGAAGAGAUAUGAAAAAUAUUAUUUCAUCAUUAAAUGCGGAUUGAAAAGUUUAGGUGCAACGGCUACUUUUGGUUUUCUAAAAGCAAACCGUUUAAUUUAUAAAAUUAAUUAUGCAAGCGAUUUUUUCAUAAAAAUACACCAAUUCUAAAACAAUUACGUAAAUAUGAGGCAAUGUUACAAUAUGCAAACAAAGAUGGACGGCUCUUGUGUAUUUGCAGUAUCGCUAAGUCUAAUAUAUUUAUAAAAUGUACAAGAAAUGUUUACAACAAAUAUAAAUAAUAGUUAAAGGUGUUUUUUCUGGUCAACAAGCUGCUAUAAUUAAAAGAAAACAUUUCUGUUUGUUUAUAAAGGCUAAUAAUGCACUUUGUAUGUAAAUAUCUCGCACAUUUUUUAAAAUGGACUUUUUAUGCAGCGACUUUCAUGCAGUAGCGUAACGUCGCAACAUGUCCAGGUGCUAAACCAAUUCCUUAAACGUUUAAAAAAAAUCAGAUUUUAUUUAUUUUUUGUUUAGUGCCCCCAUCCGAAUAAAAGAAGUUUUUUUUUGUGUGUGUUUUGUCUGUUGCUCGGUCUGUCCAUCACGAUUAGAUUAACAAAUAACACUAAAGGCUAUUGUAAAUCUGAUUUAACCUUCUUUAAUUUUUCAUUCAAGAAUGUUGCAAUAGUUUUAAGUAUCUAUAAUAGAUUGUUCCGGAUGUUUUGUGAAAAACAAAUCAAUGCCAACGAAUAUUUGUUUGCUCUUCUAACUUAUAUUAGAUUUUAUUUCCAUGCUUAAACGUUGCAAUAAACACAUGAUCUUUAA